UUCUGACACCUCUUUGUAAUUAUCUAAUGACAUUUAUGUUUUCUUUUACUCGUCUUAUUCAAAAUAGGUGGAACGCGUAGUGAUGCGUCAUUAUAAAUAAUGUUGCGAUGCCGUCAGGCGUCGACUUGAGUCGGGAAGAGUCGUCUGCUCCGCUGUCAUUCAGUUGUUAUUUAUUUUCGCCGAUACUGUAGAUUCAUCUCAAACUUGACAGUUUUGGACGUGACAACCUUGGACUCAAGUUUUCACAGGCUUUUUUUUGUUCGCCUUAAGCCGUUUGCUGUGGCGUGAGCUUCCCACAAUUACAGGCUCGCUAGAGGUCAACAGGAGGGGAACGUGGCAAGAAAAACAGGAUCUUGACAACAGAGAAAACAGAGAGGAUCCUGUUGCCAACUGUAUUUGUUACUCCUGUGUCGCAUACAAGGACUUCAUCAACUGUUUAUUUAAACAAAGGGCCAUGAGUCAAGAUCUUCUACAAAUUGGUGGCACAAACUUGCUGGUGUUUCUGCUUGUGGUACUGUUUGCAAUAUCCUCUUGGAUAGACAUCAAUGGUCUAUGGGUAGAACUUCCUAUCAUGGUGCAACAACUGCCUGAGGGCUGGCACCUGCCCUCGUAUAUGACAGUCAUCAUCCAGGUGGCUAAUAUAGCACCACUGGCAUACACUGUCACUCGCACAGUUUGUCCUGACCGUCAAGUGGAGCUGCCUGUUAUCUACAUUAUCAUAGUGACUGGUGCUGCUGCCUGUCUUCUCUUGCCCUUUUUCUGGGAUGCCACAGCACAAGUUGCAGGAGAACAGCACAGCGUUGGCUUGCUGUCACUGCAGUUCUUUCUGGCACUUGUCGACUGCACCUCCUCGGUGGCAUACCUGCCCUUCAUGGGCAGCUUCAAGCCCCAAUACCUGACCGCCUUCUACAUUGGAGAAGGUCUCAGUGGCCUUUUGCCUAGCAUGGUCUCCCUAGCACAAGGUGCAGGCAAUCUGUAUUGUUACAAUCACACCAGCUACAGUAACAUUACUAUUGACGGUUACACUACUGUUGUACCUAUUUUUACUUCCUACCCAGUGUAUGAGACACCCAGGUUCUCCAUCAAAAUCUUCUUUUUCUUCCUCUUUGUUAUGCUUGUGCUUAGCUGUAUUGCCUUCACUCUUCUCAAUUUCUGGGGCUAUGCUGCCAAAGAAAAGGUGGAGUUGGAUGCAGCUGAUGAUAAGAGUGAACACAUGUCACAUCUGUCUUCUGCCUCCAUUCAUGUCAGCAGUAGCUAUGAACUGGGUGUCUAUACCAAUGACGCCAGCUUAAUUGGUGCAGGGACCAUUGAAAGACAAGAAGAUGCAGACGCUAGAAACCAGCUUUUGCCAGCUCUGAAUUUGAUUGGAAAUGGAGAAGAUGAGUGUACCGAUGUAAUUGUUGUACAAAGUAAAUGCCUUAACAAAAAGGAGUAUCUAAUCUUGUUGGUGCUGACAGCAUGGGCUAACGCUUUGACUAAUGGAAUUCUUCCUUCCAUACAAUCAUACUCAUGUCUUCCUUAUGGCAUACAAGCUUUCCACCUGGCAGUGACACUGGCCAGUAUCGCCAACCCUGCUGCCUGCUUCCUGGCUCUGUGUCUUCAAGCACGGACGUUGUGUGCAGUGAUGAUUCUAACAGUGCUGGGAUCUUUCUUCUCAGCUUAUAUCAUUUUCACUGCUGUCUCUAGCCCCAUCCCACCUCUAAGCACCCACACCCUGGGAUCUGUGAUAGUUAUUGCAGUAUGGGUUCUGGCCAUGUUUGUGUUGACACAUAUAAAGGUUUCUAUGGCAGCUAUGUUCCGGUUGGAGGGUAAGAAAGCCUUGUUAUGGUGUGGGGCAGUAACUCAAGUAGGUUCGCUCACAGGUGCCCUCAUUUCUUUUUUCCUUAUAAACUUCUUCCAGGUCUUCAAGCAGGCUAGCCUUUGCAACUGAUGGGUAAUAUUCAAGUGAGCUAGCCUUUUCUAUGGUAAUAUUGACAUCCAUUUCUGGCUACAUAACUUUCAUUCCAUGUGGCAUUCUAAAGACACCAUGUUGCUUGUGUUGCCUGUGUCCAUGUGUGUGUGUUUUGUAAAGUGCCAUGAUCUCCCAUUGUCCCAGGAUAUGGUGCUAUAUGUGACCCGCCACCACAGAAUGAGUCAGAAAUUUAGACUUUGCAGAUUAUAAGUUUUUAAAAUGUACUGGUUUCAACCUUUGUUGGUUGUUCUUGUAGUCCUAAAAUUGAGUGAUAUAAAAGUUUGAAGUGUGAAAAUCCGAUGGCACAAAGUUGACCCUAAUCACCUUUGUAGGAAACUGCUCUGUGUGACUUAGACUCAUUUUGUGAUGGGUCACAUAUAAGUUCACUUUAUUAUUGUUAAAUUGCUAAGCUCAGUUUAUGACCAGAUUUUCUCAGAACUAAAGCAAUGCUGCUGUAACUAGUGACAAUGACAAUGACCAACGCUAUUAAUCCCAAUGGGCAAUUUCAACAUGGGAAAGGUGCUCAGUUACUAUAUAUAAGAUUUAGUUACAAAAAAAGAGAGAAAAUUGGUUACAGGUGAAAAAUACAAGCAAGUGAAAGAGAAUAAAAUGAACAAGUGUAAAAGGAAUGAGCAAGUGAAAAAUAUGAGCCUUUGAUUUUUUGGAUCUGAUUUUUGAAAGGUAUUGUGUGAGAAGAGAAAGGUAUGUGUGUGGGGUGAGGAAGAUAUGUGUGAGAUGAUAGAAGGUAUUGUAUGAGGAGAGAUAGGUGGUGUGUGUGUGAGAAGAGAAAAAUAGUGUGUGAGGUGAGAAAGGUGUGUGAAGAUAGAAGGUAUUGUGUGAGGAGAGAAAGGCAGGUUUGAGGAGAGAAAGGUGUGAGGUAAAAGUGUAUGAAGAGAGAAUAUAUAUGUGUGUGAGAUUCAGAAGAGAAGGUAUAUGUGUGAGGUGAGAAAUGUGCAUAAAGUGAGAAGGCAUGUGUGCAAGGAGAGAAAUGUAUGUGUGAGGUAAGAAAGGUAUGUGUGAUGGGAGAAGGUAUGUGUGAAAGGAGAAAGAUGAGAUACACGUACUGAUUAGACUUAUUAGAGAGAUAAUUGAAGGGCUAGCUGUUGCUGGAGUUGCUGAUUGCGAUGCCUUGAGUUGUCAGCUAUAUUUAUGUUGACUCUGAAAUCAAAUGAGACCUCCAUCUUAUAGAUUAUGUGUAUGCAAGAGAGCAUGUUUUUUAUGUGAACAUUCACACAGUGUUAUUCAGAAUCAAGCGAAAGGGACUUUUUUUUUUUUUUGAUUACAGUGGAUGUUUUUACUUUCUGUUUAUAGUAUCGGCUAUAAAAUUGUUACUGGAAUCUGAUGUUUACAAGCUUAGCAUUAUAUUUUUGGGCGGAAAGUUUUCUAUGUAAUAUCUUAUAAGCCUGAAAAAUGCUAAAAAUGUAAAAUAUGUGGAUUUUUUGCUAAUGUGUGAACAAAGAUUGAUGCAGCCAGUCUAUUUUGUGCAUCAACAUUUUUAACGCUGUCAGCAUAUUGACGAUGACAGGUGCAUUUUUUAUGCAUCAACAUUUUUGAUGCCAUCAGCAUAUUUACAAGGACAGCUGCAUUUUGUGCAUCAUGGUGAUGGUGUAUUUUAUUACCAGUUUAUUUUAGUUUUAUUUUGGAUACCGGUAAGCAUGACAACAAUUAUAUCAUUUUCGUCAGUUCAAAGAAUAAAAGUCUUCAUUGAAACACGAAGCCAAACUGACGAGAGAACAAUAAGACUGCUUUUUUAAAAAAAAAUGUGGCUGUACAUUAAAUAAUGCGGCACAUUUUAAUAAGUUUUAAAGGAAUGACUGAUUUAUGCUUGGGACAAAAGAAUCCUUUUCAAGGGAAAUGUAAGGCAAAAAAAGUAGAUAAAUGUCUAUUUGAAUCAAUACUUCACAAAGAGUUGUGGUAAUGUUUCAUUCGUUGUUGUUGUUUUUAUUUGCUUUUCUUCUUUUUAGAAUGUAGAGACCAUUUUGGUUGAAUCAAAAACAAUGUGAAAACACUGAUUUAUGUGUCAAAUAAAGACUUGCCUGCUUCAUGA